GAUAGCUGAUGGUCUGCAACGUUGCUUGUAGUCUCGCCUGACAGUAUACCAUUUGUCAAAAGAUAGGAAGUAUUAUCGGCACUACAGCCCCUGAGCCAGUAUCGUUGUUAUCUGGGUUAUGCAGCUUCCGAGGUUGCUGCUGAUGAUGGGAAAAGUAUAAGAACAGACGACCUGACGAGCAUGAAUAGAUCACAAACCCUCACUCAGCCUCCUACUUCUCUCUCAUCCAUUACCACUAUUCCUCUCAACAUCAAAAUGCUUCUGUCCACGUUCAUAACCCUCACCUCACUCCUCGCCGCCUCUGCCUCGCCUGUUGGCAGCAAGCCGGAGGAAAUUGACCCCAACAUGGUUGAGGUGAACGCCUGGCUCGAUGACACAAGCAACACAACCACUCUCAUCAUCGGGUCUCGCUUCUACGUUAAAGAGCCCGUCGACAAGCUGGACAAACGUGACUGCAUCCCCCGUCGAUGGACUACCAACAACGUCGACCGUACCGGCACGUGGUGGAGUUCCUGGGAAAAAGUUAGUGGCUGCAAUUACAACACCAAAAGCUCAUCAACCGCGUCCUACGCCUUCCAAACAAGCCAGACAAUCACAAAGACCGUAUCCGGCAGCUUUGACGCGGGUAUCGGUAGCGUGGACGGCAUCGCCAAGACGAUCAAUGGCAACGGGGGCCUGAGUCUGGGUUACUCUUGGAGUACCAGCAAGACCACGGGUUUCGAGUUUACCUGCAACAUCAACCCUGGAGACAAGGCGUCCGUUUGGCAGCAGAACCUUAUGGGCUGGGCUGACACGGCGCAGCGCAGGUGCACGUCUGGCUGUGGCGAGGGUGAAUGGUGCAGUGAUUGGAAG